AUGGAAACUGUUUAAUCUUAAUCAUCCUUCAAACCAUAGCUAUAUAAAAAUUAAGAUCUAUAUGAAGAAUUUAUUCACAAAUCCCAAACAAAUAAACCUGAUCAAAAACAUCUUUAAUGGAGAACAAAUAUACACUUAAGAUUAAAUGAUGAAUACAAUGAACUUUAACAAAAGAAAGAAUAAUUAAAAGUCAAUUAUUAAUAGUUAGAAUUAUAAUAAUGUUCAUUCUAGCCCUAGAUUGGUAAUAAGAGUAAAUAAAUCGGAGCAUUUUUUGGCUCUUCUCCUCGUUACAUGUCACCAAAAUCAUUAUAAACUUAGACAUUUCUUCCAUAAAAUAAAGAAAUAAAGCCAUCAAGCAGAAAAAGUAACAAAGAGAAUAAUUCAUAAAAUGUUUGGGAAAGAUUAUCCAAAUAGAAAGGAACCUAUUAACACCUUAAUUUUUAUAAUUAUAACCACAAUCAACUAGAAUAUCUUAAAUACAUACAUCUGAAUGUGUUGAAGCUAUUAGCAAUAGACGAUUUGAAGAAGCUUUUUAACCAAAAAAAAUUAAGUUUAAUUAUUAAGAAAUUCUUGUUGCAUCUCCAAAAACUGUAACAUAAACUUAAAGAUCAGAAAAACAUUUAGUUAGACAUUUUGUUAAAUAAUUGUCUGAAAGUAUAACAAAUGCCAGAAUUUGGACUCUAGAUCAUUUAGAUGAUAAUUUAAACAAAAUUGACUUUAAUUUGAAAUAGAAAAUGAUCUUUGUUUGUUGAAAAUUGAUGAAUUGGCAAUAACUUUUGAUCAUCUUGGGUUUGGACCAUAUUAAACCUACGAUCAUACUAAUUAAAAUAAUAAUGUUUUCAGAAUAUUCAGAAACUUAUAGUGUCCAAAUGAAUUAGAUUUUAUAUUAUCGAAAAUUUAUUAACUUUUUUGUUAUCUAUGCAAGGAUUUCAUGUGGAUUUCUAAUUACUUCCUAAGUAUAAUAAUAAUUACAAAAUUUAAUUUCCUAAACAUUAGAGCAAUGAUUUGGUUGAUUUUGAAGAUGUACUAUGAUAAUUUAGAAUUAAGAUAAAAUAACAAAGUAAUUUAAUCAAUUAUAUUUAAAUUAUCUUGCUUAUAAUAAUAAAAAAAAAAACACUUAGAAUCAGAAUUCAAUAAAUCUUAAUUGUCUCAUAUAUAAGUUCCAUUUCCCGAAUAAAGAGAGGCUAUCAAAAGAAUGGUAAAAGGAAGAGUGGAAAAAUAGUUGAAUCAAAUAAUAAUUUCUUAAGGAACUUGUUUUUAGAAAAAAAGAAAAUAUAUAGAAUAAUAACUUUAUCAAGAGUAAAUUAGUAAAUUAAUUUAAUAAACAAUUAUGUAUUUUAAUGUUGCUCUUGAAAAUAAUAUAAUUAAAAAAAUAGCUAUUUAUUAGGAGAUUAACCAAGAAAAUUGGCAGAGAGGUUUGUAAAAGAUAAUAGGUGAGAUCCUAAUUUGA